UUGGCUUCACCUGCAAGGUGCUUCAUUCCCAGGCAGCUCCCUGGAUCUCCCCCGAGCCAGUGUUGGAAUUAAGCAGGACAUCGGUGCUGCUUUCCUACCUCACUGACUCCCUGGUAUAGCUGUACCACAUCCCUUCCAUGGUGACAGCCACUUCUCAUCCCAAGAAGAAGUGAUGGAGCAAGCUCAUACACAAAAUGGAUUAUGUGAGUCUUAUUGAGACAUUUAUGAGGUCGGACUGUCGGCCCCAUCAAUGGUGUAAAUCACAAAGGCAUCCGGACAGAUAUAAAUCCCUGGGAAAUUGUGAGCUGGGAAAAGAGGCAGCCUGUGCAAAAGCAGUGGUGUGAAGAACAGAAAGCCAACUUGCAGGCAGAAAACAGGAAUUCAUCCAUCCUUGUUUAAUCAUGACUGAAGUAUCUGUCUGGAAAGACAAUGAGAUCAGAAAUGAAGAACUUGUCGUGGGCUCCAUUCAAAAGGACAGCUUUGGACCAGAUCAGUUAAGUCCCACCAGCCAGCACAAAUUCCCACCUCCCUUGGCCCACAAUUCCAAGGAAAUCUGGAAGAAAGGGGGACGUGUCUUUUCAGUUCUCCUGGCCGUCAACUUGGUGCUGCUAGCCUGCACCCUGAUCAGUGGUGGAGCAUUCCAAGAUGUCAACCUGCAUGACUAUGAUGUAUUUUUUAUGCUCACUGUUGUGAUGCUGAUCAAUAUUGCCUGGAUGCUCUUCUACAUCUUUGGCACCUCCAAGCGUCAGGCUGCUGUUCCCUGUAAGGACAACCAUGCAGGACCCAUCUGGCUUCGAGGAGGCUUGGUCUUGUUUGCAGUCCUCACGCUAGUGAUGGAUGUAUUUAAGACAGGAUAUUACUCCAGCUUCGCCCGUUGUUUAUCAGCCAUCAGAAUCAUGUACCCAAUUGUGCAAGCUUUGUUUGUAAUCGUACAGACUUACUUUCUCUGGGUUUCUGCCAAACACUGCACCCACGUGCAUCUGGAUCUUACCAGAUGUGGCUUGAUGCUCACCUUGACCACCAACCUAGCAGUGUGGAUGUCGGCUGUGACUGAUGAGUCAGUUCACAAGGCUCAGUCCAAGAAUCAAAAUGCAAGCACUAUACACAGAAUGGCUGGAUUUAGAAGUAGUUCAUCAGGCUCUUGCCCUUGUGACAGUAAUCUCUGCAAGAUCUUCCAAAAUGGCUAUUUUUGGCUAUAUCCCUUCAAUAUCGAGUACAGUCUCUUUGCUUCUGCCAUGGUCUAUGUCAUGUGGAAGAAUGUCGGCCGCAUCAUAGACCACCAUGCCAACCAUGUUCACCAGCUCAAAUUCAGGCUUUUCAAAAGGACUUAUUUUCUGGGCAUUGUUGCCGGGAUCUUGAUGCUGGUGACAGGUAUAGCUGUCCUGGUUGUCUAUGAGGUUCAGGUAAAUUCAAAGAAUAAAACUAAAGCAAAGACUGAUCAGGUGCUCACUAUGUACUACAGCUUCAACAUUGUUUGCCUGAGCCUGAUGUCCAUAGUCUCAAUUGGAGGCUCCAUUGUUUAUAGAUUUGACAAGAGAGACAUGGACCGCCACAAGAACCCCACUAGGACUUUGGAUGUGGCCCUAUUAAUGGGUGCAGCCUUGGGACAAUAUGCCAUUUCCUACUAUUCUAUUGUGGCUACAGUAGCCAGCACACCAAGGGACGCUAUAAAUGCCCUCAACUUGAGCUAUUCUUUGCUGAUGAUUGCCCAGCACACUUUCCAGAACAUCUUUGUUGUUGAAGGCCUCCAUCGGCAGCCCAUAGAAAAGGAUAACAAAGUUGACUCUCAGGAGAAGGACAUAUUUGGGCUCACAUUUGUCAACAUGAAUGCCGUAUCCCUUCGUGUCCCUGAAAGUGGGAGCGCCUUGCCAUCCCCUACAUCUCCAGGGGUAGCAAUUCAGACCUCGUCUGAAGUAAAGCAAUCGGUCAAAGUCCACAAAGAAAUGAACUGGAGGAGAAGAUUCUUAAAGGAGAGUGCCUUAUUCCUGCUCCUGUGUAAUGUGAUUCUCUGGAUCAUGCCAGCAUUUGGAGCCCGACCACAGUUUGAUAAUGUCACAGAACUCAAUUUCUAUGGCUCUGCCAUGUGGGCUGCCAUUGUGGACAUCUGCCUUCCUUUCGGCAUCUUCUACAGGAUGCAUGCAGUGUCCAGCCUACUGGAGGUCUACAUCAUGUCUUAACGGGAAAAUGAAGAAUUGAUCAGAAGAACCCACAUUUCUCAUAUCUCCCAGGACUGAAAGCUGAAAUUGCUGCACUAAAGCAGGGGAGAUUGAGUUUUACUUGGGUGUUGGACCCCAUUGAUUAGUGGGCAUUACACAGUAGUACUGGCAAUAGCCCAAAUAUACCCUAUGUGUUUUCUUUGUUUUUGUGUCUAUUUUUUGUUAAGCAAUUCCUUCCUUUCAUCCGUUUUCAGGUUUGUGGGGGGAGGGUCUAGCAGUAAUUGCUGUUGUGCACUCAAUAGCCAAAUCACACUGCUUAGUCCUAAAUAAAGCAGAUCCACUGAAUCAAGGGGUUUGUCUAUAUACAGACUCACUGUUCAACAAGUGAUUCAAUGGUUCUACACUACUGAGGACUAACCAAAAGAAUUCCCAGAACCCAGAGAAGGCCCUUUUAAUUUCUGGUUAUUGCAAAGACCCUUCAGUAGAACAGUCUGGGAGAAGCUCAGUUUGAAAUAAGGAUGGAAGACAAUUUGACGUUUCUGACCCUGGUGUAGUUGGGAUCAGUCCAUAGGUUCCUCUUCUCUUUCACCCCUUUUCUAGUAAUUCAUGAAGGCCUUGGAGGCUUGGCUCUGUUAGAGCUCAAGCUUGGAAAGUAGAAGCCUGAAGUCUCACAGAUUUCAGUGGAACUUACUUGCUGUCCUGAAUCAGGGCCCAUAGACUGAUUGUUGUCAUGGAAGUAAUUAGAUAUGCUAGUUUUUAAUGGUAGGUUAAUGAUUUUUUAAUGAGCCUAUUUUUUAUAAAAAAUAUAUUUAUUGAUUUUCAUUGUGACAAGCAACGGGACUGAGACAACCAUAAUGCAGAUGUUAUUAAACUCAACAAAAUGAGAAAGCUUAAAUUUUAGGCCUGUCUAAGAGUGUCACGUCCCCUCUUCACAUGAUAAGGAACAUAUAUACCUCAUCUGUUGUUUCCUACAGUUCUUCAAAUUCUGUUGAAGAAACUUCAUCAUGGUGAGAUGAUGUAUCUACAAGGAGACCGGAAUUCCAAAGUACAGCUAGGGUUGGUUAGCUUUUCUUCUCAAAGUCUUCUUCCUCACUAAUCCAAUGCCAAGCUUGGAAUGAAGGCCUGAUCAGCAAAGUGAAAUUACCAAAGACGCUCCUCAGUACUGGCUAGAUAUAUCAGUGAUCAGCAGUUACAAGAUGUUUUAACUGUUGAGGAUUCAUGUUUACACCAGUUAAUGACUGAACAUGACUCCCCCAAUUUACCUUGGUAGUCUGGCAAUGUCCCCAGUUAAUAGUUCUCUGAGACAUUGCAGGAAAUGUCAGGGUGCCUUGAGAAAAGCAGUCCCAACAGGACACAAUGAAUCUCACUAUGUGCCUGCUAACAAUACUCCCUGCAACCAGGAGAAUGCUGUACUACCAUUUCCCAUUGCCCUGAUCUGCAGUGCCCCUAGAAAUUGCCAGAUGUAAAAGGCAGGUUUUUGUUGGGUGGUAUUGUCAUUUGUAACCAUGACAAUGCAGCUUAGCCAUCAUAAUUACAUCUGGUAAUUUAGAAUGUCAGCCAUCACAAAUACAUGUUGAGCAUUGGCUAUCAAUUAAAGAAUAAAGUACAUUCCUUUAGAACAGCUUUCUCAGCCUGGUAUAAUCCAGAUGAACAGACAAUCAUUCUUAACAUCCUUAACUAUCAUGGCCAAUUCUUGGGUUAUAGUAAUGGGACCUGUAAUCCAGAAAAAGGAGUCACAGGCAUCCCCCAGUGUACUGGACUGUAAGUGCCUGCACCCCCUACUAGCAUCACCAAUGCUAAAGAAUGCUGGGAAUUACAGUUCAACAGCAGCUUGGGGAAGUGGUACAUGAUUCCUAGCUUUGCUGUAGUCCAAUAGAGGACAUCAGGUUGGGAAAGAUUGUUCUGGAAUAUCCUUUACUCCCUUUGUUAGCCAUGGUUCAAACACAGUAGCCUAGGAAUUGAUGUAAAUAGCCCAGGUAGAACUCUGUACAACCUUAAAUACAAUUUAACCUAUCUAAAACUAUCACGUGGUUUCCUUUCACACUGUGUCUGGAAUUAGCAGUUGCAAAAUUAAGGAGAACAGGAACCAUCACCCCUCACCCUGGAAUUCCAUGGAUCCAGAUGGAGGUCUGAUAAAUUUCUUGUUCGUAGUCAAAAGGUUUCUUGGAGAGGGCUUAGAAGAGUCUGGAUCCAGUAGAUUCUGCAAAUGCAUGGCAGCAUGACAAAAUGCUGUAUCGGAUAAGGACUACUGUAUAAUUAAUGACUAAUCGCUUGGCGAACCACCAUGUUCAAUUCCAGUAUAUUCCUAAGGCAUUCCAGCAUGGCAUAAUCAUGACUACUAAAAGAAAACCCCUAAGUUUUAUAACAGGUUGUUUACAAGAUAAAUUCAGCAGCAUCUCUAACUCUGAAAAAUCUUUGAAACCUUGCCGAGUUUUCCAUUUCCUGAUGCCUUUAAAAGACAGAGGAAAUUGGUUGCAUCUUAUGUAGGAAGCCAUUUAUAGUGCCAGGAAUUUUGAUGGGUUUUUUUUUCUUAUGAAAUUGUAUUUACAAUGGAAAGAAAUAUCCUUCUUGCUAUAGAUAAAAUGGUGUGGAAGAAUGAUAGUAGGUUGCAAAACAAUUUUCCAC